AUGUCGGGACUCACUCCAUAUAUUAUUUUUGUUUCUUUUGCCGUUGUUCUAGGUUCUUUUCAGUAUGGAUAUCAUAUUGGUGAACUGAACACUCCUCAAGCUGUAAUGUCAUGUGAGGGAGUUAAAGAGCCUUCUCAAGGAACCCAAGAAUAUCUUCCACCUUGUAUAAAGAUGAAUGCAGCACAAUUUGCUUUUGUAACCUCUGUAUUUACCUUGGGAGGUCUUCUUGGGUCAUUGUUUGCUUCACGCGUCGCGGAUAGUAAAGGGAGACGAGAUACAUUGAUUUUAAACGGCGUGUUUUUGGGUCUCGGACCACUUGUUAUGGGGUUUGCUCCAAAUAUAACAGCUUUGGUCAUUGGAAGAGUUCUUGCCGGUAUUGGAUGCGGCGUGGUAACAGUAGUUGUUCCCACAUAUCUUGCUGAAAUAUCUACCAUAGAGUUUCGUGGGACCUUUGGCGUAAUGAAUCAAUUGGGUAUUGUUUGUGGUAUAUUAUUUUCCCAGGUCGAAGGACUUUAUCUUUCCACACUUUCGGGUUGGCGUCUAAUUCUUUUUGGUGGGUUUAUUUUGGCGCUCCUUCAAACAAUUUUACUUUGGUUUUCUGUCGAAUCACCUCGUUUCCUUGCAUCUAAACCCGGUGGGUACAAUGCUGCUAAGAGAGCUCUACAAAAAUUAAGGGGGAGCAAUGAAGUAGAUGAAGAACUUAGCGGAUGGCGACAAGUGGCAUCGGAGGAAGGAUUAGAAGGCCUCAUCUCUGAAGAAGAACGUGAACACCAGAAUAAUGAAGAAAUGGUUAGAGAAUCACCUGCGGUCGUCUUUCAUGCGCGUAAUUCAGAUGAAAACUUUAAUGUUUGGAAGCUUAUAAAUAAUUCACAAUAUUUGCCAGCAUUAAAAGUUUUAAUACUAUUACACCUAACGCAGCAAUUUUCGGGAGUAAACGGGGUGAUGUUUUAUUCAACAUCUAUUUUAGCAAAGAUACUUCCAGGCAUGAGCGAUUUAGUAACGGUUUUUAUAAGUACAGUGAAUGUAAUAAUGACCGUUGUUUCGGCAUAUUUAAUUGACAAAUCAGGGCGCAGGACAUUAUUACUAUCAUCAUCAUUAUUUAUGAGUAUUUCUAGCGCCAUUUUAGCAUUGAGCAUUAAUAAUAAUUAUGGGUUUCUUUCAGCUAUUUCAAUUAUCGGAUUUAUUGCGUCGUUUGCCAUAGGUCUUGGACCAGUUCCAUUUUUGAUAAUUCCGGAAAUUUUUGAUACUCAGGCGGUUGCCACGGCGGCUAGUCUUGGAUUAACAUUGAAUUGGUCAGCUAGUUUCUUUGUCGGGUUUAUAUUUCCAAUAGUUAACGAAAUGAUAGGGGGAAGCAUAUUUUUAAUCUUCGCAGCUUAUUUAUUUGUGGCUUACCUCGCUAUUAAACAUUUUGUGCCGGAAACUAAGGCCAAAAGUGUUGAAGAAGUUUGGCGUGGUUGGACAGGAAAAGUUGUAGAACUAAGUGUAAACGUAAGAUGA